GACUUCCUCAUUUCAGAUCCUGCACUGACACGGAGGGAGGUGUGGAAAAGUGAGUCGGCCGUUAGUAGUGAGUGGGUUUUCUUUUACAUUUGUCUUGAAAGGGACAUUUGAAAGGGACUAAGAGUGUUAGUAAACAACUCAUGAAUUCUCUGUCAUGGUGGAUCUGGGAGUGAAUGACUUUAAGGGAGCGUCUCCAAACCUCAGCCACAAACACAAAGGAUACUGCAUGCCUCCUCUACGGAGAAACAAAAUGGUGAAAGAGCUACUGUUAAUGAACCACCAGCCAUGGACCUCUCCUGAGGACAGGAGCAUCAUGGAGCAGACGUCUGGAUUUGCAAGAGCCGAAACCGUCAUCAGCCACUCUAGCCCUCACACACAAAGAAAUCUCGCUCAUUUCCUUCCUCCGGUUGUUCACAUUUUCCCAAAACAACCACCACAAUACCUGGACUUUCAGCAGAAAACGCCUCUCUCCACUGAGGCCAGGAUGUCAUUAUUUCACUGGCAGAUACAGGCGGAGGCGCAGAGAAUUGAAGAGAUCUCUCCUGAAUUGUUGAACAUGCAUGAUUCGGAUGGUGACACAUACCUGCACAUAGCUGUGGCCCACGGCAGACGAGCUCUGGCUUAUGUACUUGCUGCCAAAAUGGCAGGAUAUGGUACUCUGAAUAAAAAAGAGCGAAAUGGUCAGACAGCGCUUCAAAUUGCAACCGUCACCAAUCAACCCUUAAUUGCACACGACCUAAUAGCACACGGAGCGAGUAUCAACACUGGUGACUCUUGGGGGCGCUCUCCCCUGCAUGUGUGUGCUGAGAAAGGCCACUGUCUCACUCUUCAGACUAUUUGGAGAACAGCACUACAGACAGGGCAGGUCAUUGACGUUGAUAUGUUCAAUUACGAGGGUCUAACACCGUUACACACAGCAAUCCUGUCUCACAACGCAGUCAUAAAGGAGAUACGGAGUCUGGAAAAUCCUUGCUUAUACAUGGCACAGAAGCUGGUGCAGAAAAAACACAUGUAUCUUGACUGUAUAAAGACUCUACUACACAUGGGUGCAUCCCUCACCACCACGGAUCUGAAAAGUGGACGUACGUGUCUUUACAUGGCUUCAGAGCGAGCCAACGUUGAGCUGCUCAAAGAAUUUCUUGACCAGCCACUUUCAGUGUCCAUCAUUAACAAUAAGACAUUCAGUGGAAACACAGCCUUGCAUGUUGUCUGCUCAUUGCAAAACUGUAAAGGUCAAGUGGAAGCCCUAAAGCUGCUGAUGAGACACGGAGCUGAUCCUGGGAUCAGGAAUCUUGAAAAUGACCUUCCAUUGCACCUGGUGCCAGAAGGAUCCAUCGGUGGAAAGCUGGGACAGAUCCUCAAAGGAAAAUUGUUGAAGCUCAAGUAAAGUUUAAUUCAAGGAAACCACUGUCAGUCAGACAGUCAGCCCUAUCAAAACGUUUGCCCCCACAGGGGCAAAUACUGGUUGUUUCAGAGAAAUAUGCCCUACUGUUCAUUACCAUGUAAUGCUUAAAAAAUGACGUGGUCACAUGUUGUAGUUCACUAGUUACGGUAUAAUGAGUCUGAUAAGAAAUCGUAAUUGUUAUUUAGAAGUACUGUGUUUUGAAUUGUUUCAUCAAUGAUGAAUCAGAUGUACCUGUUCAAUGUUUCAAUUUUCAAUUCAAUCAUGUCUUUUACAAUGUACUACACUGAGUGGUAUGGUUAUUUGGGAAAUAUAUAGUCAAUGAAUGUAUUUAUAUGAUAAAGUCAAGAAGUGAUUCUUUUUUUUAAUUUUCCCCUAAUGUUACUGCGUGUUUUUUGUGUUGUGCAUGAUUAUAUUGAUUUUAAUAUUUUAAUAUGUUUUCUUUAAAUUUUUACAUAUAAUCUUAACAGUUUAGUUAAAACAGAACUUAACUAUAAAGUUUCUGUCAUUUUUGCAUUUAAUAUGAAAUGACUCUUAUUCAUAAUUCAUAAUUUAGUUUUUAAAAAUAUUUUUAUGAUUGUGUAAGAUAUACUUGCAAGAUGAAAACAAAAUAAAUAAAAUUUAUUUCAUGUCUAA